AUGUGCGGGAUUGUUAUCGCUCACGGGCUAGAGAAGCCAUCCUCUGACAGGCCUCGUAUCAUUGCGUGUGCCAAGAAGAUCCGCCAUAGAGGUCCUGACUGGUCCGGUUGUUACAGUGGAAAACAAACCAUCCUGGCUCACGAGCGGUUGGCCAUCGUUGGCGUCGAUACCGGUGCUCAGCCUCUUGUGAGCACGGAUGGACAAAUCAUCCUCGCCGUCAAUGGAGAGAUCUACAACCACGUCAAGCUUCGUGCUGAGCUCAAGAACUCGUAUAAGUUCAAGACCCAUUCAGAUUGUGAAGUAAUUAUACCCUUGUACAAGGAGCAUGACAAGGAUUUGUGCCCACUCCUCGACGGAAUGUUCUCAUUUGUACUCCUCGAUGAGUCCGUUACUCCGUCGCGUAUCAUUGCCGCUCGCGACCCGAUCGGUAUCACCACCCUCUAUCAGGGCUGGAGUUCAAAACACCCUGGAGCAACAUAUUUCGCUUCUGAGUUGAAGGCCCUCGUAGAUGAAUGUGACAGCAUCAUCUCGUUCCCUCCAGGACACGUAUACGAUAGCCGGGACAAGUCUACCUGCCGCUACUAUCAACCGUCAUGGUGGGAUGGCGAUUUGGAAGGUCCUGGGGCGACAAUCCCCGAGCAGCCCGUUGACCUCACCGUUCUGCGUGGAGCGCUUGAGGAAGCUGUGCGCAAGAGGCUGAUGUCCGAGGUGCCGUACGGCGUAUUGCUCAGCGGAGGGCUCGACAGUUCUUUGAUUGCUGCCAUUGCCUCCCGAGAGACAGAGAAAGUUGCCCAGGCACAAGCAGAGAGGCGAAAGCGAAAAUUGGCAGAGGCACAGAGUGGUCCUCCGUCUCCGAUUGGCAAUGGUGUUUCCGAAUACGAUACCCUUGCAUCUUGGCCCCAGCUUCACUCGUUCUCGAUUGGUCUCGAAAACUCCCCCGACCUGUUAGCUGCUCGGAAAGCGGCACAUUAUCUUGGGACGGUGCAUCAUGAAUAUGUCUUCACAGUCCAAGAAGGUCUCGACGCGAUUCCUGAUGUUAUCUAUCAUCUGGAGACAUACGAUGUAACGACCGUUCGUGCCAGCACGCCCAUGUAUCUUCUGAGCCGGAAGAUUAAGGCCAUGGGUGUUAAAAUGGUCCUCAGCGGUGAGGGUAGCGACGAGAUAUUUGGCGGCUACCUCUACUUCCAUGCUGCACCCGAUCCUGUCUCAUUCCAUCAAGAGUGCAUUCGACGGGUCAAAAACCUCCACACCUCUGAUUGUCUGCGAGCUAACAAGUCUACAAUGGCAUGGGGACUUGAAGCUCGUGUCCCGUUCCUAGACAAAGCCUUCCUCGAGGUCGCAUUAAACGUCGACCCGAAGGAGAAGAUGUUCAGCAAAGGCUCUGCCCAGGAAGUGGACAAGGAUGGCCGACCGAAGAUGGAAAAGUACAUCCUCCGGAAAGCUUUCGACUGUGCACCCGAUGGCAAGCCUUACCUCCCCAGUUCGAUCUUAUGGCGCCAAAAGGAACAAUUCUCGGACGGUGUAGGGUACUCAUGGAUAGAUGGCAUCAAAGACCACGCCACAACGAUUGUUUCCGACGAAGACUUCGAGAAACGCGCUGAGCGCUGGCCAGAAAAUACGCCUGACACAAAAGAAGGGUACUUCAUCCGAGAGAUUUUUGACGGCUUGUUCCCAUUGGAGGCUGCUGCAAAAACUGCAGUCCGGUGGAUACCUCGAGGAGAUUGGGGUUGUUCUUCCGACCCGAGCGGACGGAGUGUGAGCAUCCAUAAUGCAGCAUAUGGGAUAUCCAGCUAG